AUGAAUUAUGCCAAAGGAGAGAAUUUUGAAUGCAAUUUAAUAAGGAAAAACAAAUUGAUUCGGAAUCUUUAAAUCUUAAAAAAAAUUAGUGAGAGGUUUAAUAAUGAAAAAAAUUAAUAGGACCAUCGAUUUGAUAAUACAAUAUAGAUUGAAGGUCAGGAAAUUAAAAGUUAUGGAAGCAAAUAUUUUGGUUAAUUUUAAUAUGGCAAUAAAGAGGGCAGAGGUAUUCUAAUUUUGAGUGAUGGCUCCAAGUAUGAUAAUAUAUAUUUUCUUGAUAUGAGGGUUAAUUCAAAAAUAGCAUCUUUAAUGGGAAAGGAACCUUUUAAUAGAAUGAUGAUUCUCUUUAUACAGGAACUUUUACAAAAGGAUAAAUUUUAGGAUUUGGUUAGUAUAUGA